AUGGCCACAUGUGCCCUUUGUUCUAGUUAUGAAAAUGUCGAAAUAGAGUGUCCUAGAUAUAAAGGGUUGAUGGUUAUGAAUGAUAGUGUUAACCCCCCUUAACUCAUUGCUGAAAACUCAUGGCUAGAAAGGACACCUCAACCUCCUACCUACACAGCACAUUAUAACAAUUACAAUAACCAUAAUUAUAAAAGAGGGAAUGCUUAUAUGUAUUAACCUUCAUUUCCUCCUCAAACAUCUCAAUUUUUUUGAAAACAAGCUCCCUUCCAGCCAAUUUUAUGCCCACAUAAUUCUCAGUCCACUUAAGCAACAGAUGAUGUUCAAAAUGAAGCUGCCUUAGCUACUAAUAAAUUGUUGAAGCAGAUGUUGCAAGAGCAAAGAGAACAAAUAUAAGAACUGAGGACAGAAAUAAAAACAAUGAAGAUGCUAAUGGGAGGGUGA